GAGGAGCGGGGCCGUGCGCUCGGCGCGGGCGGCGGGAUGCGGGCGGCGGGCGGAGGGCCGGGCUGCGGCUGCAAGGGGAUCCGCUCCUGCCUGCUCUGCGAGGGGCCCGCGCCGGCCGCUCCGCCCCCGCAGGGAGAAGAUAAUUUCACUUACUGUCCAGCAACAGGCCUAGCUAAAGGAAAUGAGCACUCGGAAUUUGCUGGCUGGGCAUUCCCCUUUCCAGGGGUGUUCCUGGUGGAGGAGUUCAUUAGUGAAGAUGAAGAGUAUGAGAUAGUGGAACUGAUGGAUCGAGAUGACUGGAAACCGUCACAGUCUGGCCGAAAGAAGCAGGACUACGGACCCAAAGUGAACUUCAAGAAGCAGAGGCUAAAAGCUGGUGGCUUUACCGGUUUGCCAAGUUUCAGCAGGAAGAUCGUGGCACAAAUGGAGGCCUGCUCUGUGCUCAGUGGUUUCUUACCUGUUGAACAGUGUAACCUGGAUUACACACCAGAGAGGGGUUCUGCCAUAGACCCCCACUUUGAUGACUGGUGGCUGUGGGGGGAGCGUCUGGUCAGCUUAAACUUGCUCUCCAAAACUGUGCUCUCCAUGUCCUGUGACUCAGAGGACACCAUCCAAUUAUCCCCCGCUUUCAGCAAAGGGGAAUUAUGCCCCCCCGGGUCUCUCGCACAAACAUCAGCGCGCAGAAAUUCGGGCGAGGAGGGAACCGAGGCCGUUCUGCCCUCGAGGCUGGUUCCCAGUAAGGAGGUGACUGUUGCCGUUCACUUGCCCCGGAGGGCGCUGGUGGUGCUGCAGGGGGACGCGCGGUACAAGUGGAAGCACGGGAUCCACCGCAAGCACAUCGAGCACCGCCGGGUCUGCGUCACCUUCAGGGAGCUCUCUGCAGACUUCAGCGCCGGGGGAAGGCACGAGGAGCUGGGCAAGGAACUGCUGGAAAUAGCUCUUUCGUUCCAAGGGAGGCCGGUGUGAUCAAAGGGAAGCCUGAGUCGCAUUUUGUUAGGAAAUUUGUAAAACGAGGUACGGAAUUUGUGCGACUCGGUUUAUUUUUGUGUGUGUGAGGAAUCAGGUGUGUGCAGAGAAAAAAGCUCAAUAAAGUGGAAAUCUGACAAACAGAAAUAAGGGAGUGCAAGGAAGGGGUGGGCUUCAAAGGCUCUGCUGGGCAAUGGGAGCUUUUAGGCCAAGGUCAGAAAUGA